GGCGCAGUCGCAAGAAUUAACUAGAAAGGAAGGAGUGGAAGGAGAAGAAAACAGUGAAGUGAAAUAAAAAAAAGAAAAAAGAUAAAGAAAGAAAUAUUAUGAGGAUGAAAUAACCAAAAAAUCGACACAGCGCAUGUAUAAAGAAAGAAAGGAGAGAACACCAGACUCGAAAUUCUUCACAACAAACAAAAGAGCAGAGUCGAUGAAGUUCUAAGCGCGUGUAUAAAGGAUCGAAACCUAUUCCCUCCCCCACAAAAAACACCUUCCACCAUGAAGAUCCUAAUCCUCACGACCUUUUUCGUCAUCAGUUGUUGCAUGUUACGAAGCCAUGCACUUCCGAAUCAGAUCGUUAUUGGCGGAAUAUUCGACGAGAAGGACAAGCUGCUAGAACUGGCCUUCCGCUACGCCGUCGAACGCAUCAACAACGACCGGUCGACUCUCACGCAUUCGACCCUCGUGGCUCAGCCGGUGUGGCUCCCCGCUGACGACUCCUACAGGGCGGCGAGGGAUGUGUGCAGCAUCCUGCGUACCCCCGUGGCCGCCAUCUUCGGACCGCAGAUGGAGAAGACCGCGAAUCACGUCCAGUCCAUCUGCGACGCCAUGGAAAUCCCUCACAUCGAGACCCGCUGGGAUUACAAGCUCAGGCGGGAUGCUUACUCCAUCAACUUGUAUCCGUAUCCUCCUUCGCUGAGUGAGGCCUACCGCAAAAUCCUCUUGGCUCUGAAAUGGAAGGAAUUCGUCAUUCUUUACGACACGAACGACGCCCUGGUCAGAGUGCAGACGCUGCUGAGGGAGGGCUCGUUUUCAGUCACCGUCCGGCAGUUGGAGGGAGAGGAUUUCAGGCCGCUGCUGAAGGAGAUCCGCCGAGCUCAGCAGAAGCGCAUUGUCCUCGACGUGCACAGCAGUCUCAUCUACACCGUGUUGAAGCAAGCGGCGCAGAUUGGCCUCAUGGGAGAGUAUUAUAAUUACUUCAUCACUUCUCUUGACUUCAACCAAGUGGAUUUAGAUGAAUUCAAGUACUCGGGCACGAACAUCACCGGCAUCCAGCUGAUUGACCCCAAGAAGCUGCAGCACAUUGUGGAGGAUUGGAAAUUCGGCGAGAGGAGAUUUGCGAGAAUCCUCACGCCGGAUCUGCUGAAGGUCACGACCGAGGCCGCCCUUAUGUACGACGCCGUGUCCCUGUUCGCCAAGGGCCUGGACACCCUCAGCAGCUCCCACGACGUCGACAUCGAGAAGGUCUACUGCGAGGGCGACAAGACGUGGCAACAUGGCGACUCCCUCAUAAACUACAUGAAAUGGUACGGCUCGCCCCCCCAGUUCGGCGAGGGCUACAAGAUGGGGCGGAACUUCAGCUCGUACAGCGGGCCGGUCAUCGGGCUCACGGGGCUGGUGAAGUUCGACCGCAUGGGCUUCAGGUCCGACUUCGAGCUGGACAUCGUCGAGAUGGAUCAGAACGAGACGCUGAAGAAGGUGGGCACGUGGAGCCUGAGUGGGCACGUGAACUAUACCAAAUCGUGGGCAGACACCAAGGGCGCGGUGGAGAAGAACCUCAAGAAUAAGACUCUCAUUGUGAUGGUCGCUAAGGCCGACCCUUACGUGAUGAUGAAACAGGACCCGAUGCCCUUAGCCGGCAACGACCAAUACGAGGGCUUCUGCAUUGACCUCAUCCACGAGAUAUCGCUUAUCAGGGGCUUCAACUACACGUUCAAACUCGUUCCUGACGGGUCGUAUGGCAGCAGAGACCAAGUCACGGGCGAAUGGAAUGGCAUCGUCAGACAGCUGAUGGAUCACAAAGCAGAUUUAGGCAUCGUCGACUUCACGAUCACAUACGAGCGAGAGGAAGCCGUGGAUUUCAGCAUGCCGUUCAUGAACCUCGGCAUCAGCAUCAUCUACAAGAAACCGCAGAAGAAGGCGCCGAGUCUCUUCUCCUUCACCUCCCCCUUCUCCCCCGACGUCUGGCUGUACAUGGCCACGGCUUACCUCGGGGUCUCUGUGCUCCUGUUCAUCUUGGCCAGAAUCGCGCCAAAUGAAUGGGAUAACCCUCACCCUUGCAUCCAGGAUCCCGAGGAACUUGAGAACGCCAUCAGCCUAAGCAAUGCCUUCUGGUUCACAAUCGGGUCGCUUAUGCAACAGGGGUCGGAUAUUGCACCCAAAGCCGUCUCCACCCGCAUCGUGGCCGGCAUCUGGUGGUUCUUCACGCUCAUCAUGAUUUCCUCGUACACCGCCAACCUCGCUGCUUUCCUGACGGUGGAGAGGAUGGACUCCCCGAUCGAGGGCGCGGAGGACCUGGCCAAGCAGACGAAGAUCAAAUACGGGUGCAAGGAGGGCGGGUCCACGUAUGCCUUCUUCAGGUGA